AUGAUGAGAUACGCAACGAAAAUGUCAAUUGCACUGCACGAAACAUGCUUCAGUCACGAGAAUAGUGUUAAUUUAAAGCCUCGCCGGAGCCGCGCGCGGACCGCGGCCGGGCGCGGGCGCGGCUCCGGCGGGCGAGGAAGCGAGCGCGACAAUUUGCCCUUAGUAAUGUGGGGGGGUCGCGGGAGCCCCCGGGAGGUCGCGGGGGCCCCCGGGAGGCCGCGAGGGCCGCGGUGCCCCGGGGGCGCCGCGGGGGCGGGCGGGCGGGCGACGCGCAUUACUAAGGCCAACUGCGCGCACGGC